AUGCUCCACUACGGAAAAUACAAGGGUGCAAUCAUGGUCAAGGAAAAGGAACUUAUCCGAGUGGCGGCUCCGAGUCAUGUUGCUCUGGAGCUUCGAAACAAUUUCCAAUUUGCUUUCGGUUGCUCGGGCGGCGAUCACAGCUUGGGCCUCUACAUUGUGAGGUCUGGGCUGGGGUUUUAUCUUGUACUGUAUUGGGAGUACAAGUGUUUCCCUACCCUCGUUAUCUCCCCAGCUUCGGCGACAUCAUCCACGCGCAUCUCGAGCUCGCCAACAGCGUCUACACAUCCGGAUACGAUAUGCAAGCUUUGCAUUGGCCAACUGUAG